CGCAAAUUAAUUUGCCAUCCAAGAAGUAUUUUUACGAGUUAAUUGUUAGGGAGACAACUCGAAAAAGGUAAGUGUAACGAAACAUUUUUAUUUACUGGCUGAGUUUCGGGGUGGGCCUAAAACCCUUGAGUUUAAAGCGAUGAGUAAACAACUCAUUACUGUUUUGUUCGCGAAAGGCUUUCUUUGUUACAGUCGAAGUGGUUUUGCUUAAAUAGACCUUUGUCUUUCUUUUAACAAGAUACCUUUCAUUUUAUCUUCCUAUCAAUGGGAAGACAAAAAGGAUAAACAUCUUAAAGUCAUUCGAUUUAUAUUAAGUUGCAAUCGUUGGUGUAAUGUUAAUAUUUUUCGUGGUAUCGCUUUGUGCUCCUGAUUGUUUAACUAAAGCUAGGAGACCUUUCCAUGAAUCGCUUACAUUUAGAUACAAUUGUGAAACACUUGAUGGAGCUCAAGAUUAAGAUGGAAUCAUGAAGAUAGGUCCACCAACACGGCGAACUCAAGAAAUAUUGCGACGCCUUACAAAAGGCAAAGGGCUAACGUUCGAAACAUCACAGUAACUUAAUUUGUUAUAUUCGCUCAUUUCUCUUUAUUAAACCCACGUGUAUAUCCAGCUUAGCGUUUUACUUGUCCGCCUGUCUGCCUGUCCGCUUAGUCAGAAUUGACAAAAAGUUAAGGGGUUAAGUUUCGUCAGUGGGAGAGUAUAACAGGUAAUUUGGUGUUAACAACUGACUUGAAAACGUAAAUUAGCUACCGUAAAGAGUUGAAAGGCUGACGUUUUGAGCGUUAUCCCUUCGUCAGGGGGGGACUAGGGGCUAACGCUCAAAACGUUAGCCUUUUAACUCUUUCCGGUGGGUAAUUUAUUUUUUCAACUCAGUUGUUAACACUAAAUUGACUAGGGGUUAGUUUUUUCAUUAAUUCUUGAGCAACCUUUGUAUAGACGAAAGACAACCAUGAAUAGAAGAGGGUAGUCAAACUUACUCGAUUCUAUUCCCCUUCCACCGGCAGAUUUUUUGCCUCGAUUUCUUUGGUUGGCAGUGUUUUGGUAAAAUCACCCCCAAAACAAGCAUUUCCGAGCAUCCAUGAUAGAACAAACAAGACAAAUGAUUGAAUUUGGAUGGCAAGAACUAAUAAGGCCUUGGUUUAUGUUACACGCCUAACCCCAUGGCUCAGUUCGAAAGAUAACACGAGCCUCGACCUUGACAAUCAAUCGUUAUCAUGCUAAACCCAUUCUAACCGUUGUUUGAUAACAUUUGUAAACGAAAGGAACAAUCUGUCGAGGUAACAACUUACAACCCGAAGUUGUAAUCUUGUCUGACAGUGACGGAUUAUUUUUUCAGGAUUUUUGUCACAUAAACUAUACUUUGUUUUCAGAUAGUGAGCCGAAAUAGAAGAUGAAGUUCGGUCUUGGUUGGUGCGCAUUAUUUAUAAUAGGCUUUACAGUCGCCUCCUCUGUCCUUGGUAGGUAUCAAUUUUUUAUCCAGCGGCAGUAAUAAACUGUCGAAGGAAUCGAUUCUACCGUCAAAAUUUAAAGAGAUCUUUAAACGUCGAAAUUUCUUGGAGCAAAACCAAAUGGAUUGCUUUUUUGAUUUCUUUUCAAUUUUUUUUUUUAUCAAAGUUGCUAAUUUGGGUCAGGGAAGUUUGGCGACUGUUUAAAAAGGAAAAGUUUUCCUGAAGUGGGUCAAACUAACUCUUCCGCUGAAGGAAAAGGCUAUGAUAACACAUUGGACUUUGCUGCAAGUUUCGAGAAUGCCCUUCACCGUUUCAGAUUGUACAGUAAUGGUACAAAUUUGGGAAGAGAUGCCGAAAAACUUUUUCAUGAGGUAAUGGCAUGAUUGAAAAAUGACUUAACUAACUGUGAUGACAAAGAUUUCCCUGUGACACUCAAAAGUCUCUAGAAACCUUUGUUUUGGUCAUGCAAUCAAAGAUCUUCCUUACAAUAAUUUUCUAGCUAACGAGAAUUACAACAUGUAGAAUUCAUCCCGAAGUGAAAAAAAGCGGAAACUAUGUCAAUUUGUAAAUAUUUGUAAAUAAAUAUCACGCACUCUUCUAGGAACCAAGGAACAAAAGGGUGCAUUUACUUCCGCUGAUGAGCCAGGUUCUGGAUCUGGAAGUGAUUCCGGAAGCGGAGAUGCACUUAAUGAGAGAGAUGAGGAGGGGCAGAAAAUUCUUGACUUGAUGUCUACGAUUCCUUACAAAGAAGGUAAAUGAAAUACAAUUAGCUCAAUUUUACCUUGAAAAAUAGGGGCUAGGUCUUACUCCACUCUUACUUUGCCUGUAGGAAACUAUAAGGCUAAUCUUCAAAACAGAAAUUUCCGCGAACGUCACGUCUAUUUUGGAAAAAAAAUAAACAGGGAAAGAAAUCAAUUGCUUAUACCACGGAAAAAGUAAAACUUAAAAGCCUAGUAUCUUGAUUGUGCCAUAAUAAACAAUCAUCCACCGAAGUGGAGGCAAAUAUCCAUCAAUUUUACCGACCCUGAGGUGAAUAAUUUAUGCAGUAUAUACCACAUAGAAACCCCCAAAAUACUUAUUUAAUUAGCGUCAAUAUACCGAAAAGUUGUCGGAAAGUGAACUCUUGACGCUCGAUUUCGUCUUCGACUGCUCGGAGAUGAAAAGUACUUGCUGAUCGAGUCAUAACUAGCCAAUCAACACGAGGUAAAAGCAUUAUUUACCUGUGUGGCGUAUAUACUAUUGAAGGAUGCACUGCUCUUAGAAUAAAACGUAAACAUUGAUAAUCACUGACUAAGUUAACUAGUAUACGUGUCAGAAACCCCGAUUGCAACAUAAAAAUAACUGGAUAGAAAUAAAGGAAUAUGCAAAUAGCUGAUAGAAAUAACAAUAGAAAAAAUAAUAAAAAUCUCUAAAUAAACAAAGCCAUAACUUCAGCCAGAUAUCCGCUAUAGAUGGAUUGAAUCAAAAAAAAAAAAAAAGAAUCUUUAAAACAGAUAUGAAACAGAUUAGUUAAAAGAAUAAUGGCUUGAAUUUCUAAAGUUGUCUCAAGUAAUGUUCGUGAAUCCUUACCUAUUCUGAUGAUUUUUAGGUCAGAUAACUAUCGGAAUAUAGUACUGAUAAUAAAUGAUCACAACUACCGUAACAUGAAACUAAGCCUUUAAAGAUUACCAGUGAUAUCUGGGUUAUACAACCGUACUAACAGCUUGGGUUUUUUUGUUGUUGUCGUUGUUCGUAGCUUAUAAGAUAAAAAUUUGUGAAGAUAACCCAGAAGUUGACUGUAAAGGCAAGACUUCAACGGAAUGUCUAAAAGAUUUUCAUGACAUGGUGCGAGAUUGCCCAUUAUCUUGUCACCUGUGCGCAAAAAGAGGAGGUACGUGAUUUGAAUUGCAUUUCUGUGCCAUUACUCGCGGUUGAUCAUUCCAAACCAUUUUAACCAUGGGGGUAGAAGAGAAGUAAUCGAAGUCUGAGUAAGGAACUGUCGUCGAGUUAUUCAAGGGCCGACCUUUGUUUCUGACAUGAUUAGUAUAUUUUGCCACUCUGUGAGAAGCAGUGUUGGUAAAAUUGAAUGAGCAGAUGAAUUUCGCAAUGAAUCAGUAAAACAGGGCUGUGGACAAAGCCAUGAAUAGACGAGUGGUUGAAAAAAGAACUUCACUUACUAUCUCUGUUGUUUUUUGCCUGGUAUAUUUUAAUCAAUCAAGAAAAACAAUAACUUCUUCAUUUUUUGUUAGGAGCCACUGAGAAAUGCGAGGAUCUUGAUGAAAAUUGUGACGUAGGGGUCCGCAGACGCGAAUGUCAGCUACUUCCUGAUUACAUGAUGCAAAGAUGUAAACUUUCCUGCCAAUUCUGCGGCCCAGGUAGGAAAAUCUGGCACCCAUGAUAAAAAAAAACUAAGGAAGUGAUAAAGUAUGGUAAAUCACUCUUCGACUCCAUUUUCGUGAGGCUGAAUUUCAAAUACUACAGGCAAUAUUCUAUUCCACAGCGCAGGGAGUAGUUUUUUCGGGUAGCGAUUUGUUAUCUAUCUCAUACGUUUGACAUUGCCUUUGUAAUGCGACUAUACUUCUACUCUUAAGGUGGGAGUUCAAUUAAGCUUUUGUAUAUUGAUUGGGAUUAUUAGCUCAAAUGAAAAGUCACAGGCUUGUAUUAUUCCAUGUUUGAUUUAAAGUUGUAAUGAGCUUUUUUUAGAGCCUCGAAGGAGAGAAACUGAAGAAAGAUAUACGUCAAAUACCUUUUAAAAACCAGGAAAUAAGAAGCUUAAAACCUGUUAAACCUUCUUUCUUUCAGAGUCUGGGUUUGGAAAAAUGGACAAACAUCCCGUUUGCCCAAUAUGGGGAGAAUAUGGCUACUGUAAAACUGACUCUGACAUAAGGAGAGAAUGUCCUCAUAGUUGCGAGAAGUACCAUGGAGUCAGGCCAGCCCCCGAACCAUAUCCCUACCCCGUAAAGGCUCUGCAUCCCUAUCAAUUCCAGCCUGGACAAUAUCCGAUUCCUACUGGGUACCCAUAUCCCGCGCGAUACCCGAGCCCAUAUCCUUCUCCUUACCCGUACCCGUAUCCCUAUCCAUCUCCGUACCCCUCUCCCUAUCCCUAUCCAUCUCCGUACCCCUCUCCUUACCCCCACCCUAACCCAUAUCCAACUCCUCAUCCGACACCAGCACCACAGGUAGGGUAUUUUUCUUCGAUGUGCUUAGCUCAUCUAGUUUAAGUUAAUUUGUUUUUUCAGAAUUUUGAACUUUAAACCUGUUGUAAUAGGAGAAUUUUGUAGUAAAUUUUGUAGUGUAGCGGAGGGACAUGGCACGCAAACGAUAAACGCCAAUAGGAGAGCAGAACUAAAACAAUAAAUUCCGACAACAUAUUAAAAACCAGCCAAUAAACUAGAGUACGAAAUAAUGAAAUCUCAGCUGGUUGACUGGUUGACUGGUUGACUGCAAGUUGUUGGCUAAGUUACAAAAGAAGUAAAGACCGCAGCACUCUUAGGGCAUUACUUGUAAAUUUAUAUAGGCAAACUGCAACAGAUUUUCAAAGAAGCCCCUUGAGUGAUCUAUUUCUGGGUUGCCUCGUUUCCAGUUUAAGGCAUUCUAAUGGCUAAAUCGUGUCAGAUGAACUUUAAAAAUCUCAGGCCGACAUUUGAAUCCAAUCCUUUUUCUUUUUCCUCUGUUUAUUCAAAUUCCUCGCCUGCCCAUGGUGGCAUUUAUCAUCUGCAUUUGAAAAUGACAAUUGUUAAUUAAACGAGCCAGCAACAUGAUUGAAUCCUAUAAGGACAGUUCAGUUUGAAUGUGUUUGAACGUAUCUAAACGUAUGCAAUGUUCAGUUCAGUGAAAUCAGCCUUGAAGUCGAUAGCCACCUUAACUUUGAGGAACUCUUUCCUCCAUCGUGCAGUAAGGAUAGUUAAUCUGGAUUUUUGUUGCAGCCGAGUCCAGUACCCACACCAGUGCCCUCCCCAGAACCUUCUCCAGUGCCCUCCCCAGAACCUUCUCCAGUGCCCUCCCCAGAACCUUCUCCAGUGCCCGCUCCAUCUCCUUCUCCAGAGCCCUCUCCAUCACCAGCUUCGGCCCCUUAUCCAGCACCAGCACCGGUUCCGGCCCCUUAUCCAGCACCAGCACCGGUUCCGGCCCCUUAUCCAGCACCAGCACCGGCCCCUUAUCCAGCACCAGCACCGGUUCCGGCCCCUUAUCCAGCACCAGCACCGGCCCCUUAUCCAGCACCAGCACCGGCCCCGUAUCCAGCUCCAGCACCGGCCCCUUAUCCAGCACCAGCUCCUGCACCGUAUCCAGCGGCGGUUCCCCCUGCAGCACCUGCAACUUACGACAAAGGUCACAAGUCAGAGAAAAGCGAGCAAAAGAAGCACAAGGACCAUAAGAGGAAAAAUCAUGCCUCGAAGAAACGCAAAGGAAGAAGAAAUUGA